AUGCAAGUGUUCAUUGGAUUGUUCUUAAUUAUCAGCUUAACAUCAAUUUUGGCGAGCACACCGGCAUUGAUUCUCACACGACUUAUUGAGAAGAAUUUAACUGAUCAAGCGAGGAAACUGUCAGCUGUAAACCCCACUCUCUUCUUAAACAGAACCACAUAUUCUGGCUACUUAACUGUCGAUGAGAAACACAAUUCAAAUCUUUUCUUUUGGUAUAUCGAAGCGGAGAACCAUCGGCCUGACACUCCGUGGAUACUGUGGUUGCAAGGAGGUCCUGGCGCCUCCAGUCUUGCGGGUCUAUUCGAUGAGAUUGGACCCUUCGAAUAUGCGGAUUCAAAGUUAAAAGCACGAAAAUGGACAUGGGCCAAAGACCACUCGUUAUUGUUCAUCGACAACCCGGUGGGCACCGGAUUCAGUUUCACGGACAGUCCAAAAGGAUUCAUACAAGAUAUGGCUACGUGUUCGACCCACCUGUAUAUUGCCCUACGACAGUUUUUAAUGGUAUUUCCCGAGCUCCGUAAAGCACCAUUUUACCUCGCAGGAGAGUCUUAUGCAGGAAGAUACAUCCCAGCUCUUGGAGUUAAGAUCCUGGAGCAAGAUCGAACCAUCGGCAUUCUAGAUGUUAAUUUACAGGGUAUAAUCUUAGGAAAUCCUGUUUUAAGUCGCGAGAGCAUAGCUGACUAUAGCAGCAUCUACUUCCAGUGGGGACUGGUGGACAGUCAAGGCGUUCUCGCUGUCAAGCCCCUGCAGGACGCCUACAAUAAAGCUUUAAAGAAUGAUGACUCCGACAAAGCUAUGCUCCUUCGUGAAGAACUUCUCACGAGACUUGACGACAUAUCGAUGCAGCAACAAACUUUCAACAUUCUGAGUGACAAUAUCUCCCACCUGGACGAGUUCACUGUCUACUUACGCCAACCAAUUGUAAGGCAAGCUCUGCACGUUGGCGACAUAAAGUUCAACUUCUUCAAUAGCACUGUGCACAAGAGUCUUACUCCAGACUUCCUAAGCGAAAUUAAGUCCAAGGUUGAAAUGAUGUUGAAUCAUUAUAAAAUGCUCAUUUAUUGUGGCCAAAUGGACCUGACAGCUCCUUGUGUGCCUAAUGCGCAGGCGCGACGAAGGCAUUGGCAUUGGAACUACCGCGAUCAAUUCCUUAACGCCUCUCGGAAACCAUGGUGGUUCAACAAUAAAGUUGCUGGGUACGUCAAAAGUGGCGGUUAUCUUACAGAAGUUUUGGUCCGGGGAGCGGGCCACUUAGUACCCAUGGACAAGCCAGCAGAGACCACAGAGCUGAUCAGCUACUUCAUACGGGGCUUAGACAUGAAACUGCCCCCAAACUACCAAGUAUUAGCUCAAGAUACCCCUCCAUAUGUUAACGAUGAAUUCGAAGGGAUCUCAAAGACAAUUUACGAAUUUCCAGAGGGACAUUCUUCUUCUGGGACUAAAGUUGCCAUGGUUAUAAGCGUAGUUUUAAACGUUUUGCUAGUUUUAGGUAUAGUAUGUGGUGUUGUCUAUGCGCUGAGGUGGAAGAGACGGAAUGAAACGUAUAUGUACAAUACUAUGGAAGAGAACAAUAUUGUUUCUACGAUGUUUUAG